AUUGGUGUUCGCCCCCGUAAAACUUCCCGCGCACACAGUGGAAAAAGAAACAGCGGCACAGACAAAAUCAACCAUACUUACCUUGAGAUCCACAUUCUAGAACAAACUGCUCCAUUUAACUUUUUUUUGUUACACAACCUGUACAGCCUGUUUCCAAAAUGCCUCGCAUUGAGAAUGACAUCAAGCUGGACUUCAAGGAUGUGCUCCUCCGUCCAAAGCGGAGCACACUUAAGUCAAGGAGCGAGGUAGACCUAAUGAGGAGCUACACUUUCAGGAACUCCAAGGGCAGCUACAGAGGGAUCCCCAUCAUCGCUGCAAACAUGGACACCGUGGGGACCUUUGAGAUGGCCCUGGCUUUGCACCAGUUCACUCUUUUCACCGCGAUUCACAAACAUUACUCCGUGGAUGACUGGGUGGAGUUUGCAAAACAGAAUCCUGAAUGCCUGAAGAGUGUAGCAGUUAGCACAGGGACCGGGGAAGGGGACUUUGACAGGAUUUCAGCCAUCUUGGCGGCGGUCCCAAAGCUGCAGUUUAUCUGUGUGGACGUGGCCAAUGGCUACUCCGAACACUUUGUUCACUUUGUCAAAGACGUCAGGGAGAAGUUCCCCUCUCACACUAUAAUGGCAGGAAAUGUGGUGACAGGAGAGAUGGUAGAGGAGCUAAUCCUGGCUGGCGCUGACAUCAUCAAAGUAGGCAUCGGACCAGGCUCUGUGUGUACCACCCGCAAGAAGACGGGGGUGGGCUACCCCCAGCUCAGCGCUGUGAUCGAGUGUGCAGAUGCUGCCCAUGGCUUGGGUGGCCACAUCAUCUCUGAUGGGGGAUGUACUUGCCCAGGAGAUGUGUCAAAGGCUUUUGGUGCUGGAGCGGACUUUGUGAUGCUGGGCGGUAUGCUUGCUGGACACUCAGAGAGCGGGGGAGAGAUUAUUGAAAAAAAUGGCAAGAAAUACAAGCUGUUCUAUGGAAUGAGCUCCGACACGGCGAUGAAGAAACAUGCAGGAGGCGUGGCUGAGUACAGAGCAUCGGAGGGGAAGACAGUCGAAGUUGUUUACAAAGGUCCGGUGGAAGUGACAAUACGAGACGUCCUGGGCGGGGUCCGAUCCACCUGCACCUAUGUUGGGGCAGGUAAACUGAAGGAGCUGAGCCGCAGGACCACCUUCAUCAGGGUCACCCAACAGCUCAACACUGUCUUCGGCAACGACAGCUGAAUGUCCAGCUCGAUCCUGCUUCACAACGAAGGUUAUAAGUCUGCAACACUGCCUGAAUGAUGCUGUUUGUGGAUUGACCAUGUGUAAACACAAGUGAACAGACAUGAAUAUUAAUACUGAAAUACUGUCCUUUUACUUUCCUUUUUUGUUGCAAUGCAAUUUUAGUAUAUUGGGUUUUGACUUCAUAGACAUUAACAGAAAUAUUUUUCAUUACACAGACUCAGAGUCGCUUUAGACUCUGAAUGUUACUUUUUUCAUACAAUCUACGAAGUGUUCCAGGGGCCAGUGUCCCUAGACAGGAAGAUGUAAGCUAGAGCAGUAUGUCUCCAGCUCUUUGCAUGUCUGCUGUCUUAUCAUUCCAAUGCAAGGUCCUUAGUUCUAGUUUUUAUGCAAAACCAUAACUGUCUAUUAACAGUAUCUACAACAUGUAGUUAGGCUCUAUGCUAAUAUUAUACUGUAAGCCUCACACACAUAUAUACAAUUAUAGCAAAUGUCUU